AUGGAAGCACCCCCAGCAGGUAUGGUAGCGCCCUCUGGUCCACCAGCUCCACGUGGUGGUGGUUAUCGCGGCAGAGGUGGACCAAUGCGGGGAAGUUUCGAACGCGGUCGCGGUAGAGGCAUGGGUAGGGGCCAUUAUAUGGGUCGUGGUGGUGGUAUGAUGGGAGGUGGUGGUCCCCCACCUCAAGGUAUGGGCCCGGGCGGACGUGGUAUGCGUGCGCCAAGAGGUUCAGGUUAUCAGGGUCGUGGAAGUUAUAUGCCACGCGGGGGUGGYCCACCAAUGCGUGGUGGCCGACCACCCAUUUAUGCUCAACCAAAGCAACAUACGGGUGCAGAAAACAAUAAAACAGUUUCACCUGUACCAACAGCAAGCUCAGCCACUCCAGCCCCAGCAGCUGACGGCGCAGCUCCAGAAUUGGCAGAAACAAAUAAUGGUAGCGCCACAGCACCUGAAGUCAUUGCUGCAGCCCCGGUUGCAGUUAGUUCUAACGGUAGUGUAAGCGGUAUGCCAUCUCGAGGACCACCUCGUGGACGCGGAUCCUUCUCUCGCGGACGUGGUGGAUAUAAUUCACACAUAAAUGGUGGCAUGCAUGGCAUGGGUCCUGGCGGAGAACAUGGUCAAAUGCCGAUGAGACGCGGUGGUCCACCACGUGGGCGUGGUGGCUAUGGUCAAUCGAUUUCACGUGCUCCAAUGCACUCUCAACCGCAUAGCGCUAAUACACAAAUUGCACCGGUACCAUCAUUGAAACGUGGRGCACCAGGUGGUCCGCCUGGACCAAAGCGUGGUCGUUAUGAUGGUGGUCCUUAUUCACAACGUCCAAUGGUGCCGAAGUAUCAUCAACCAAUGCAACAUGCAGCUCCAAUGGCUCCACCAUCUAGUUAUGGUGCUCCACCUAGUCACCAUCAACAACAACAAAGCCAUCAUAGUUAUGCCACACAUGAUCAAUCCCAAGCAGUCGAUCCGUAUGCUCAAUCGUAUGCUGCGCCAGCCGCACAAUCAUCUUAUAAUGGCUAUGGACAAAGUGGGUAUGUUACACAUACACAGGCGGCACCACAGGCCAGUAGUGCUUAUUCCACACAAGGCACCGAAUACGAUCAAAGCCAAUAUCAGACUUAUAGUUCUAGUAGCUAUGGUACGCAGCAAGAUACGCGUUACCAGACGUACGGCCAAGAUUAUACCCAGCAGUAUGGUGCGCCAGCUGUAGAUUAUAACACAGCACCACAGGCAGACUACUCGCAGCAUGGACAGCAAGCUUAUGAUGAGCGCGCUUACGCUGGAUAUGAUUCACAGUAUCAGCAAGGUUAUUCAAAUGCAGCUGGCUAUUAUUAAAACAAAAAUCUAAACCGUUUUGACGAUGAAACACAAUUCAACGCUGUGCGUAAAAAUACUUCCAAAUCAUACAUACUUGCAGGAAGAAAUCGGUAACUGUUGCAAUUGUUGUGUGAAUAGAAUGUGAAAGUGAAAACACGUAAGAGUUUAUGCCAAAUAUGAUGAGCAUAUAAAUUAACUUCAUUAUUUAACAUUUAGAUUUAAGUUAAAUUGAAAGAAUUAAAAAACUAUAUAUAUAUGGGUGAUUAUACUACAGUGCGUCGAAAGAAAUUGUUGGUGAAGCAUACAAGAAUUAAAAGUUCUUGUGUUAAUGAAAAUCCUAAAUAUAUCCAUAUGUGUGUAUUAAGAUAUCAUAUGCAAUUUCUAGCAACAUAAUGUAUAAUCCAUUUGAUAUACUAGGUGUUUAAUGUUAAGAAAGAAAAGUAAUCAAGUUUUUUUUUGUCAUAACUUACAAGAUAAUAAAAGCGAAUUUUGUCCCGUACUCCUCCCUCCAUUAGCGUCCCAAUCAAUCAAACAAUCCUCUAACAAAACCCGGUAAAAAAAGCAAAAAUAAACGGACAAAAGAAGUAACUUGCUAUGCAAAUAACCAGAUAAUUCUCAUGAAUUAUUUUAGCUUAUAUUUAAGGCUAACUUUUGACAAAUGAUUUUCGAUAUAUAUUUUAAAGUUUUGACUAGAAUACAAUUUAUUGAAUAACUAUGCAAUAAACAACACAUGAAUUGCACCUAAA